CUCAGCGCCGUGUACCACACCCCAUUCAACGUCUUCUACUACAUGAGACACAGACAGCGCGAGCCCCGCAUGUUUGGCCUCCGCUUCGAAGAUGAGCGUGCCGUUGACUACUGUAUAGAAAAGGAACUGCCUGCAUGUGAAGAGGUUUGCUGCGUCCAAUCAGCUCCCGACAACCUUGGCACUAAACUUAAGGACCUCGGUUGGAAAAUACGCCGCUGGCACUUCCCUCACCUGAGAGACGAUGACUUAGAUUGGAUGUGCAACAUCCUAGAACCCUUCAAAGAUUGCAGUUUGAGCCUGGUCAUCCCGAGUGACAAACUCACCGGAUCGGGAAGUCGCCGGCUGGUUGAGAUGUUGCCUAACGCAAAAUACAUUUACUGUGACCCGCGCCCUAAACCUCCUUCCUCUGCUUCUUCACAAGCAUCGACGUCGACUGAAGAUGCGGUGUCACAAGAGUAUCUUUCACGAUCGAAAUUCACAGAGUUAUCUACCGACAUAAUCCUUCAGUGGGUGAAUAAUGCGGCGAGUAAGUGCCAGACUGGUAAACCAAGCAUUAUGUUUGCUUGUAUUGUUUCAAGCAUACGCGAUAUAUUGAUUUCAAUAUGAAUCAAACUAUUCUUGAACUAGCAUUUUCAAUAGUGAACAGAUUAUUAUUGCAAGCCUAAGAAGUCAAAUGCCGAUUGAUGGCUCAUUAUAUAUAUUCGAAAGCAGGCCCCGAAAAAUUUUAGAGAUAAGGAACAUAAAGAAAUGUAAAUUGCAUCUUUGCAUUUGUAAAUUGCACAAGAAUCAUUUGAAAGUCUAGCGUCAGCAAUUUCCUGUUUUGCUUCAACGCUUCUGGUAAAAUAAAUGCGUGUGAUGAAUAAAAUUUUCUGAAUAAACUAUUGAAUCUUUCCAUUAGGUUAUCAGGUGAAAGAAGAUAAUUAUUCUCAGUAUGAGAUUUAUAUUCAUUUGAAACGUGUAAAACCUAUAUCAAUCCUCUGCGACUGAAAGUACAAGGCAUUACACUUUCAAUCGUAAGCCUAAUGUAAUUUGUUAAUGGAUCAGUCUUACUGACAUAAAAGAUGUGAAGCCAGUUUUCAUGUGAAAUGUCAACUUUAUCGAAAAUUUAUUAGAAAUGAAUGAGCACGUUUCCUUUUCAAUUUUAGUGAUUGCAUACGAUGAUUUUUUCGCCUUCACAAGGAUUCUGAUGAGUUUUUUAUUAAAAUGUGUUUCCGAAUUAAACGUUUGCUUCUUCAUUACUUUUGGAUAACCAGAAAUCGAUCAAGAAGAUGGGAUACUUUUUUUGCUCUGCAACGAGGUAAUUCGUUAACUAAAUCGGAUCACACCAUCCCGCUGCAGGUUUGGUCACUUAUGACGUGCCUUCUGACAAUAGAUUUUAUUUUGCGCAUUAUAAUUCCAACUAUUCACGUGAAAUUGGAAUUGCUGGUAGCUAUCAUGGAUCAUGUUAAUAUGUGAACAAGCUGAGAUUUAGAACGAGGCCGAAUUUGAUAUAUUAUAAUUAAAUCCUCAUUUUCUGGCCAUAUGAGCUGUGCUCAUGGCUGCAAACUCAAAGCGGUUGUUCAAUAUUUGGAGUAUUUGGUGAGCUUAAUUCUGACGUCUCUGUGUGAUUACGUGUGAAAAUAGAUAAUGGAGGAUAAUAUUACUUUUAAAACUUGAGGGAACUGCUACACCAUCGGUAUAGCAGUUCCACUUUGGGCACCUAGCUUGUAAGAGCUUCAAUUAUUCAUCUGACUCCAUAAAAUAAGACAUAGUGAAUUUUCCAGCAUAACAACCUCUCAGUAAACUACCAACAUCCUUAUAAUUUUGGGCAUAUGUGAUCGACUACACCGAAUUCGCAUCGUGACAAAAGUUUUCUCCGAUGCAGACAAGAAACAGAGAUAAAAUUUUGUAGCAGAAUAUUAUCUAUUAGGUUAUCAAUUGCGAAAGCCACCAGAAUUGCGGAGUUGCUUUCCCUGCUUGUGUCUUGAUAAUAUUAAUGUGUGUAAAUUUCAAGAAUCCAUCCGACAAAAAAGAUGGAGAUUGACUGGAUGAAACACCAUGCUGCAUUUUGGGUGCUCGCCAGCGUCGA